AUGCUGAGCCGGGCUGUACACUCGUCAACAGCGCUCAAGAGCGCCCGCUCGACUGUCCCCACCUUCAUCCCCUCUCUACGAGCACGAACACGGCCAGCAGCGCAGCUGCUUCUCACGCGAAGAUAUGCGACACCUCCAGCGGACCCCUCGACUGAUCCUCGCUUCCCGCACGACCCCCAACAACCCCUCCGCACGCCGAAACCGCGAAACGCGACCUCAGAGUUCUACCGCAACCUCAUUCCUUCGAUGCUGCACUGCCUUGCACUCGGUUCAAUCGUCUACUACGCCCUCGAGACCGGCUACAUGUACUUGUCGCGGGAGAAGCAGGCGGAAGACUUGGGGAAGAAGGUUGAGGAGCUGGAGCGGGAAUUGGCGGUCGCGCGGGCAGGACCGGUGGUGGUUGGUUCGGAUGGCUUGAAGAGCAGUGGGAAGAGCUGGUGGAAGUUCUGGUAG